UCACACAAUGCGUUUGCCAUUGGCGAAAGAAAAGGCAAGAAGAAAGAAACGCUGGUUGGCGUUGUGCAAAAAGAAACAAACAAGCCAGCCGGCAGCGUGGCAUCGCCCGUUUCAUGCAUCUACUAGUCGAAGACAUUUCAAAUUAUGUUCGCCAAAAUAGGGGCUGAACCAAUCGGCGCACAUUAGACCGUCUCCGCACCAUUUCGUCAAGGUACAGUGAUCCCCAAGGCCACCGCGUUCCUGCGCUUACAGACACGCAUACAGAGCCACAGUCCGUGCAGGCACCACGUAUUCGGCCUGGUUGGACCGUCACUGGCUGUUGUUCUUUUCUCGGUUCGCACCUUGCAGAGACCGUUCUCGGCAAUGUUGCCGCUCUCGUAAAUCUCCUUGAAGCAUCUCAGGCCUUUGGGGCAGUCCCUGCUCUUCGUGCAGGGCUUGUUGUCCCCUGCAUGCAGGAGCAAGUCAUGAAAUACCAUGAUGCCAAUGCCAAUUGUAUCAGUGGAAGCAUGAUAUGUCUGCACAUCCGCGCCUGCUGCUGCGGACCUAUGCCCUGCAUCGGGGGCAGGCUGUCCUCAAUGGGAAUGUGUUCGGCGGAGACGAGGGCGGAGAGUCCCAUUGCAGUG